AUGGUUUGUAUUACAACUGUGCUUUCUCUGGCCGCUGCGGCCCAUGGUGUUCUGGCAACACCGCUCCGUUCUCGCUCUCCCUACGCCGUCAAGGAAACUCACAACGUACCAGAGGAGUGGACCAAAAGGGGCAGUGCUCCUGAGGACCACUCUCUCCAUUUGCAUAUUGGUCUGAGACAGAUGUCCGAUCCCGAUCACCAUCGCUACGGACAACAUUUGAGCGCCGAAGAUGUAAAUGAGCUGGUUAAGCCGUCUGACGAGGCUCUCGAGCUUGUGCACGAAUGGCUCGCCGACAACGGUGUUGACGUCGCGGGAUUAAGAUCCUCGUCUUCUGAGCCUAGUCCCGAUUUUACAACCCGCCGUGGCCCUGGCACACGGCCUCCUGCGUCUAGUUCUGUAUCUCCUCAGCCUGGUCCCGAUCCUCUGUCUACUCGCCGUGGCCCUGGUUCUGCUCCAUCCGGCUCGGGCUCCGCGCCUACUCGGCCUAGCCCUACUUCAAGUUCCCCUCUGUUUCGCCCGAACAUCGAUGCCGUGCGCGCUAGCAGUAGCACUAGCCCUCAGAGGCCCAGCAGUAGCCCUCAAAGGCCUAGUAGUAGCGUUCAAAGGCCUACAAGUGGUCCCGAGAGGCCUACUAGUGGUGGUCAGAGACCUACUAGCGGUCCUCAGAGGCCUACCAAUGGUCCUGAACGCCCUGGCACCACUCGGCAAAGCUCCAGUAGCACUACUCGGCAAGGCCCCACUAGGACUCCUCAGCAGCCCAAUAACGACAACGAUGCCCAGCGCGCUCGCUUACGCCAGGAAGGCAUCUCCCGAUCGUGCAACGCCAGCCUUGUGACGCCCGAGUGCUUACAGUACCUAUACAACGCCGAUAACUAUACAGCAAUCUCCGGCAAAAGCAGGAUCGGCUUCGUGAACUACCUGGGCAACGUGCCCAUCCGACCAGACGCCAGACAGUUUCUCGCCAAGUACCGUCCGGAUGCCGUUGAAGAUGCCGACAACUUCACACAGACGUCUGUCAACGGCGGCCCUGUGCAAGACGGCCCGUUGAACGCCACCCAACUCGAAAGACACGACUCGAUCGGAGCAAAUCAGGAUAUUCAGGCCAUUGCCGGCAUGGCGGGGCCCAUCGGGAUCGAUUCGUGGUCGGUUGGUGGCAGUCCUUCUGACUUUCAACCAGACGAAGGGACGCCCAUCAACACGAACGAGCCGUACGUCGAAUGGCUCAACUACGUCCUGAGACGGGAUACCUUGCCACAGGUCAUCGCUUCGGGCUACUAUGACAACGAGCAGACGGUACCCGAGUCUUAUGCGAGGAGGGUAUGCACCAUGUUCGCGCAGCUGGGCGCGCGCGGCGUCACGGUGCUCGUCCCCAGCGGCGAUUUCGGCGUCGGCAUCAACGAAACGUGCAUCAGCAACGACGGCAGGAGCAAGAGAAAGUUCAUACCUGUGUUCCCUGCCACUUGUCCGUGGGUUACGGCCGUCGGCGCGACGCACCAGUUCUCCCCUGAAGCUGCCGCGUACCGUGCGCCCAACCCCAGCGUGAAUGAUACGGCGGGUUUCGCGAGCGGCGGUGGAUUUAGCGACUACUUCAGACGCCCGACCUACCAGAACAAUGCCGUGAACAUGUACGUCAAUGGUCUUGGCCGCGCGCAUGAAGGCAUGUACAACAAGACUGGCCGCGGCUAUCCGGACGUUGCCACCCACGGUGCAAACCACGUCUUCGUCUGGAAUGGCACCGAGCACCCCAUUUCGGGCACGGGGCAGGCCGCAGCGCUACAUGCGGGCAUCUUGGGCUUGGUAAACGAUGCGCGGCUCAACGGGACAAACGGGACAAGCCCUAGGCCUGCCCUCGGCUUCUUGAACCCUUGGCUGUAUUCGAGGGGCUGGCGAGUGUACACCGACGUGACGAGGGGACGGGCCGUUGGGUGUGGCACUGAUGGUUUCCCUGCAACAGAGGGGUGGGAUGCCGUCACCGGCUUUGGAACGCCGGACUUUCGGAAAUUGAUGGGACAGUGA